AUGCCAGUUCCUAAGAGAAGACAUCAGAGGGAAUCACCGUCCGGAGAACCAAUCCGACCUGAAGAUUCGCCGGAGCCAAAGCGUCACCAGCGAGAGACCACAAGUCCAGGUUCUCCAGUUACACAAGACCAGCCCUCAACAGCUGUCACCUCUGAUCCUUCAUUCACAUCGCCCGUUCCUUCCCAAGUGGUACGACCAGAGCAUUCUCGUCGCACCUACCAGGAAAUGUCGUCAAAUGGAAGGAUCACACGUGAAGCUCCCCAUAGCGGCGAAGGGUCGCCACCACCUGCCCGAGGCAUCGACAGACAUGCACCUUUGGACAAUAGCCACCAGUUGCGUGAUGGAACGCCAACUGAACCCCGCCGAAACCGUAUAGAGGAUAUGGAGACAUUCUCUUCCGCCUCUCCUGAUGGGAGUACAGGGUAUCUAUCUCCUUAUCCACCACCUCCGGCUCGCCCCCCUCCCCCCCCUCCUCCAGCCGAACCAACAAAUCUUAGAAGUCAUCCUCUUCCACGAGAAGGACCUUCCUCCCAGUCGCCUCUACCGGGCCCUCCAGUUACGCCGUCGCCUGUGGAAGAUUUUGCUCUUUGGGGUGGACUUUCUGAAGCUGAGAUACGCAGACAAAAGAGUAUGCUAGAAGCGUUGGAGAGAAGGCGCCGUGCAUCAUUGUCCCCUUCCCCAGGGCCAUUGUCACCUUCAAUGAUCUCGCCUCUCACAUCCCCACCACCUAGCCCACCACUUGUGGCCUCAAGGCCAAAUAGACUAGGUCCACCUCCACUCCCUCCAGGCUCUAGCCCAAUCAGUCAGCCUGACCGUCGCUUAAGCCAUCCAGCUCCAAUGUAUUCACCUGCCCUGUCGACACCCCCACCAGGGAUUUCGCGUCUCGGGCCGCCACCCCUCCCAUCUUCUUUACAAACUAGAGAAAUUCUCACUGGGCCACAACAGCCACGAUCGAGGCAUACGAUCCGAUCAGAGGUUGUUAGCGCAUCGUCUUCAACACGCCACUCUGAACGUGCCAGCUCGUUGGAGGGCACUCGUCCACGCCGUGGGGCCAUGAGCAUUCAUUUUGAUGACUCAGAAAUCGCGGAACCUGAGACUCAAGGAUCGUUCGCGGCUAUGCGGAGAAGCCCAAACCAGGCUUCUGUAGACUUGAUUCGAGACUUGGAAGCUGCUCGCACUACAGGGGCUUCGUUUUCCCAACAGGAAUUCAGACAUACCCCAUUUGACAGCACCAGUGAUGACAGCAUCGGGUUCCUACAAAGAUCCAUCCAACAAACGACAACUAAACGUGCCAGCUCUGAGCAUAAGAAAGGAUUUGCCACUUCCUGCAAAGGGAAACAGCGCCAGGAUUGUGAUAGAUCUCCUGACCCCACCGAGGGGAGACCCAAGAUUCAACAUAUUCGUCGUCUCCGCGAGCUUCAUGAUCCACACGGCGUGGCACCUAGCCGCUCAAGCCCCUCUGCUCAAGACCCGACCUUUCGCUUUUCAGCGUCCAAAGGCUAUUACGAAGCAGUUGUUCCCAUUGCAUAUGUCAUGAACAAUCCCAACACUCGACCUUUAAGCACCACCGACCCCUUUUUCCGAUGCUUUCCAUCAGAUCCGGACGAGAUUCCUUUCCUACGAGGCACUAGACUUGCCACCAGGCCACCCACUCCUGAAAUUCACCUGGAUGAGACGCCACAGCAAAAGAAGGAGCAUCUGAAGCAAGUCAAGAAGGCACAACGAAAGGAGGACUGGACGCUAAGAAAAGAUGUAUCGUUGUCUCGGUCUUGGCACCUGCAGUAUUCCGCCCGCUCGCGCACUGUGGUCUCUAGAGAGCACAUGUUAUCUAGUUUGUCCGGCGGAAGUAGCAUUUCUAUCGGCAGCCCUACAGACGAGGCUGAAUUCCAGGCCCACCUUGCCAAAAUUAAAAAGGAAUACUACAAGAGGACGCGGGCCCUCGGAUUAGAAGGAGAAGCCACCGAUAGCAUGCUAGGAUACAUUCCAAUCAGCGAACUAGCUAUCGACCCGUUGAUUUCAUCACGCAGUAGGAGAACCGCCCAACCGGAGGAAGCUCAGCCUUUGGAGGUUGGUCGGGAGCCCGAACAUGUGCAUGAACCAUCGUCAGAAGCCGGACCGUCAUCAUCAAGGAAUGUUCCAGAUGCCGGCGAACCUUCCCAAGGAAAAAAGAAGGAAUCCAGAAGACGCAAGUAG